GCCCGUUCGUGCUGGCUGCUCGGCUCGGGGCGUGUUGUUGGUGUAGUUGCUGUCGUUGGUGGUGUUGGUGGGGGCUAUGACUUUUAUUUUGGCCGCCUUCAGAAUGCAACAACUGUCGGAUACGACACCCGUAAACGCGUAAGAACGGCUGUCCGUCGCACAUUGUCGGAGAGGGUGAUGGAGCAACGUGUGGGACUGUCCGCGGGCGAAGUGCGAUGCCGCCGAAGCAGCACGGCGGUGCCGACGACUGACGGGUCCGUGAGUCAGUGAUGCUAGGCCUUGCAACAGCCACGGCAGCAACCCGUCAACGGCACACGUGAGGACCGCUUCACGUCGUCGACAGCGGCUCCCGUCGAUCCGGCCGGGCCGUUAUGGACACCAUGGACGAGGACUACGACCUGGACGGCGUGGAGCUUACGCCGAUCGAAGAGUACGACUUCGCCAAGGCCAAACAGCGAGCCUCGGUGCUAUGGCUGGUGUCGAAGGCGCACCAGAACCGGGUGCCCCCCGAGCUGCGCGAGGUCUUCUACCGAGACCAGGCAGAGCAGGACCGGCUGCGGCCGCAGCUUGUGCAGGCACUGGCCAGUGGCGAGCUGUACUGCCUCGCGCUGGCCAACAUCUACGCCGACCCCAACUACCAUAGCCUCAGCCACCAGGGCGUUGUGCAGGCACUGCAGCGCAAGGGUGUCGACGUUGAGCCACCCGCCGACCACACCCCCCUCACCGAGACCGUGCUCGCCCAAACUGCUCCGCUGCGCAUGAGUGCCCACAUGGCCGUCAUCAAUGGCAUUAUGGAAUUGUACAUCAAGGAAGUGCUCAUACCCAUCAAAGUCUUUGAAGUGGUCAGACGGUUUUCAGCUGUCGGAUACCCGGAGGAGGUUCCCGUCGACGCGGAGGAUGCGGCGCUGCUCUGGUUGAACAAGUGCUCUGUGAAAAUGCGGCACCGCAUUGAGGACGAGCUGGGGCCCGGACAGCCGCCUGCCGGGGGCCCGCCCAUGCUUCAAGACCUGGCGGACCUGAGCGACGGUUGUGCGCUGGCCGCGCUGCUCAGCUUCUACUGCCCACAGCACUUGCCCUGGCACGACCUGUGCCUGCCGGGCGACAGCCUGGCUGACUCGCUCUACAACCUUCAGCUGAGCCAGCGCUUCUGCGACGCGCACCUGCCGCAUGACGUGUUCUUCCUGACGGUGGAAGAUGUGCUCUUUGUGCACCCUUCCAUCCGGCAAAACCUUCUCGCUCUCCUCGCCGAUCUCAUGUUUGUGUUCGAGAUCCGGCCAGCCAAGUGCGUGCGACGGCCGGGACUGCGGUAUGACCCGCCCAAUGCCGAGAACACACUACAGGCGGCUCGGCAUCGAGGGGAGUCCCUACGCAAGGCACGUGCCCUGCAGAACUCCUGUAGCCACAUUCCAGAUUUGUGUCCGCCUGAUGACCACAACCAAACAAAGCACAAUGGAGCGUGGCCAGAAGGUGUGCGGAGGCUGAGCCAAGGUGCGAAGCCUGUCACUCGUGUUUCACGCUCUUCUGCCCGGGAGGAUGAAGAUUCGGACCAGCUGAGCUCGUCACCUAGGUGUCGCUCAGACGAAGACGAUGCAUUUCUAUCGAACCGGAGGCCAAGCUCCUCUCUGCGACGGCACUCAAGUGAGGCCAUGGACCCUCUUCUGCCGGCACGCUUGCGGGAGCCCAAGGAGAGAAAUAACUGUGAUGUCGCAAAGUACCUGGAGCGCGGUGAAGACGCCUCACUAGGCUCGUCACCUACGCCCCAGUCCCCCGCGCGGAGCCUGCACGAAGCAAUGCAUCGAGUGCGCGAAGCGGAGGAGCAGGGGUCUCCGGCCCACAGAGCAUCAUCCAUAAGCGGAAACCUGAGCCUUCGAAGGAGCACCUCCCGCUCAGAGCUGGGAUCUCCCCUUCAUCGGAGUGGGUCGCGCAGCACCCUCGUCGGCUCGGAACACGCUUCUCCUCUGCACAGGAGUGCCUCGAAGUCUGACGUUGGCUCGCCAUUGCGGAGGAACUCUUCCAGAACGGACCUGUUCCAGCCAUCGGCACUGAGCCGUAGCACGUCGCAGACGGACAUCUAUGGAGGCUCUCCCGUGCGGAGGACGACGAGUAGGCUUGCAUCGGAGAGCGAAACAAAGAAGCCUUCGACCCUGGAAACCUACUACGACCAGUUGGGAGGAGGGUUGCAGAAACAGGCAGGGUACCCACUUCGGCGCGAGUCGUCCCUGUCGCACAUGUACAAUUUCUCUGGUGAGAAAGCGGCUCUAGAAAUGACGGACCCGUUCGAGACCGACAUGUUCGCCGAACACAGGGAACGAACAAAGAAGGCAGCUCAGACUAUAAGUUUUGCGCAGCUAUCGAAAAUGAAGGAUACCACAGACUCUGGCAAGGCACCGUCAAGCAUCAACAUUGUCUACAUGCAGCAGGAUGGCUCUGGGAAUCGGUUGCCUCCCGAAAAGCGGAAGACAACGCCAACCGACGGUGCCAGUAAGUCGUCACCGUCGACAACCACGUGGCAGCAGCAAGCUGCUGCAGACAGUGAGGAAAACAGGAGCACGGAGGACAGUUCAUCGCCUUUGGCAGCGCAGCUAAACAAUGUGCGAUUAAAACUCGAAGAAAGGCGGCGUAAGAUCGAACAAGAGAAGCGUCGUAUGGAAGACCGUGUCAAAAGGCAGCGACAGAAGGUCGGCAAGGCAGCUUUCUUGCAAGCUGUUGCACGCGGCGACAGCAGAGUCUCCGAAGGUGGUGGCAGCACGCACGAGUCGUCUGGCGAGACACUGACCGAGGAUGCCUUUGCCGACAGCGUCGACUCUGAGCUUCCCCAGCAAAAGUGGCUGCAGCAGAACGGCAGCCCACAACCCGUGGAGGAAUCCCCUCAAAGCGACGACGUGGACCUCGACGAUAGCACCACAACCAUCGAGCAACUCAGCACGGAACUGACUGUUCUGCAGGCCGACAUCUCGCGCAUCACCAAACAGCAGCAGGCCAUUCAGAACCUUCUGCACGGUCCCCAGGCCAUGCCAUUGCAGCCACAGCCUCAGGAGAAGUUCUUCCUGCACAGUGACAAUGAUGGUGGGCAGCCUCAGAGCCUGCCCUCAUUUGCGCACGCUGCCCCUCAACCUUACCUCACCGAGGUGGUGCGACCGCCGCCAUUCCAGCAACAGCCACAGCAGCAGCAGCUGCAGCAGCCACAUCAACGACGUCAGUGGGAAUACCCGAUGGCGCCCAUCAUGCCGCCACAGCAGCCAAGAAGAGGGCAGUGGGGCCCUCCUGUGGUCACACUUGCGGAGCAACCCAUGCGCUGGGGGGCCCCAGCUGCUGCACUGGUGGACCCGGGCUACAUGGUCUAUCCCUCAGGCCAGAACGAAUUUGCGUACCAGCCGCCUUACUACCAAAAUGGUACCGCUGCCGCCAUGCAGCAAGUGGGCUAUGCCAGUUUUUCAAUGCCAUCUCAGCAGCAACCGCAACAGCCUCUGCAACAGCAGCAGCAGCAUCAGCAGCAACAGCAGCACCCACUGCCACCACCAUUCCAAGCACCUUGCACAGUUAGUACAGAGCAGGUGACUGCUGCCGCACACACACAACCCGAAUCUCAAUGCCCAUCGCGGACACCGCCAGCGCCUGCCGUGGAGGAGCAGCUUGCCGAACGCCUUGAGAAUCUGUCGAUGGGCAGCCUAGCUUCACAGCCCCGAAGCGUCGAAUUCGGCAAGACGUACCGCGUUUCCAAAAGCCAACAGCCAGCAAGGAAUCAGACCAAACCAGCCGAUGAGGGCAGUGAAGCGGGCUUUUUUAUCAGCUUUGAUGACCAGCAACCCAAAAAACCAAAGCCGAAGCUCCGUCCAAGAAUCGCAAAGCCGGAGGAGUCUGGGCUCAGCAAUGGUACCCUCACGGCGGCAUCUACAGGAAGCACAAAAGGCUCUGAGAACUCAUCAAACAGCGCCCCAUCAGAGAACCAAGAACCUCCCAGUGGGCCAUUAGGCGUUGGUUUUGUCAUAGGGGCUGACUUGGUGAAUCCUGACCCGGAGGCGGAGACUGAGAUGCAGCGGCGCAAGGAGAUGAUGAUGCUGGUCUCACUGCGAAGGAGAGAGGAACAGGAGGCGGCCAGGGUUGCCAAGGAGCAGCGAAACGCUGUCAAGCGAAUGCAGGAGCAGUUGCGACGUGAGGAGCAGGCACGGAAACGUGAGGAGGACCGGCAGAGGCGACAGAUGAUCCUCGAGCAGUACCGGCAGCGCAAGGCCCAAGAAGAGGCUGAGAAGGACGCUGCAGUUCAUGGUGGCAGCAGCAUGAGCUUGCGUGGCGGCGAUGGCGGUGCUACGCUCACACGCAGCAGUGCCAAGCCGCGGUCUUCUUCGCGACCGCGACCCAAGUCGGUGCACCUUGGGCCAUGUUCGUUGCAGCGCGGCUCUCAUACCAGUCUUGAUGGUAAGGUCACUGUAUGCCUGCUUCAUUGCAUUUGGGUUGUCCGAUAG